AUGGGACAGCAUCAGAGCUCACCCCUUUCCCUCCUUCUAACCAAAUUCAAGGAGGUCCAAGCUCGAGGUUAUAGCUUAAGCUUGGAUAUCCGCAGAUCUAAACUUAUCACCCUUUGCCGAUCUGAGUGGCCUGCUUUCAGGGUCAGAUGGCCCUCAGAAGGCACUUUUAGCCUGCCAAUAAUUACAAAAGUUAGACUCCGGGUACUCCUACCGGGAAAGGAAGGCCACCCAGACCAGGCACCUUAUAUCUUCAUUUGGCAGGACCUUAUCGAGAACCCCCCACCUUGGAUUUCUCCCUUCCUUUCCUCAAAUCCCUAUAAGAUCCUUGCGGCUCGACCUACUAACCCAAUCAGAGCAGUGACACCAACUGCUCCAGUCCUCCCAGACAACCAGGACUUACUAUUAUUAGAUCCGCCCCCAUAUCUUCCCCAACCGGUGGCCCCAAGGCCAGAGCCUGGUCCACAGGCAGAACCUCCACAAGGAGGCCAAGCGCCUGUGGGCCUACAGGUGGGGGCUGAAGGAGGGGCCGAAGGACCGGCAAACCGAACAAGAGGACGAAUUCAGCGGGACACAGCCCCCUGCUCUCCUGACUUCACAGUAGCCCUCCCCUUGCGGGAGAUCAGCCCUCUGGACGAAACCGGUAACCCUCGACUCCAAUAUUGGCCCUUCUAGACUAGUGACCUGUAUAACUGGAAAACCCAAAAUGCCCGUUUCUCUGAUAACCCCAGAGAUCUUAUCGCCCUUCUAGAGAGCAUAAUGUUCACUCAUCAGCCCACCUGGGACGAUUGGCCACAGCAUCUGGGAAUCCUGUUCACCACGGAGGAAAGAGAGGGAAUUCAACUCGCACGAAAAUUGGCUCCUGGAGACAGUGGUCGCCCCACCAUUAACCCUGAUCUUAUUAAUGCAGCCUUUCCCUUGACGCGGCCCGGAUGGGACUAUAACACCGCAGAAGGUAGGGGACGACUGCUCAUAUAUCGCCAGAUUCUAAUGGCGGGUCUCCGGGCUGCAGCACGCAAGCCCACUAAUUUGGCCAAGGUGUACUCAGUAAUACAAGGUAAGACAGAAAGCCCUGCUGUCUUCUUAGAAAGACUAAUGGAAGCCUUUCGGCAGUAUACUCCCAUGGAUCCCGAGGCUCCUGAAAAUCAAGCCGCUGUUGUAAUGUCUUUUGUAAAUCAGGCCGCACCUGAUAUUAAGAAAAAGCUCCAGAAAUUAGAAGAUUUAGAGGGUAAACAGGUUCAAGAUCUACUCCGCAUUGCUCAGAGGGUAUAUAACAAUCGAGACGCCCCUGAGGAAAAACAACUCAAAGCCGCCAGAGAAAUUACUAAAAGUUUAACUACCAUUAUUCAGAAGGAUCAAGGGCUGCCCCUAGAUAAAGACCAAUGUGCUUACUGUAGAGAAAAGGGACACUGGAAGCGAAACUGCCCUAAGAGAAAGCCAGUCUACAAAAGGACAAACUCUUGGCAGCCCAAGGCGGCUCCGGUCUUAUUCACUCAGGAUGAAAAAUAGGGGGGACAGGGUUCGGACCCCCUCCCGGAGCCCAGGGUAACCUUACAAGUGGAGGGGACUCCUAUACAGUUCCUUGUAGACACAGGGGCUCAAUAUUCAGUGCUAACCAAUCCUCACGGAAAAAUUUCUGACAGAUCAGCCUGGGUCCAAGGUGCAACAGGGACUAAAAAAUAUCCUUGGACCACCCAGCGUACUGUGGAUCUGGGAACAGGGAAGGUAACCCAUUCCUUUUUAGUCAUCCCAGACAGUCCCUGCCCACUGCUGGGAAGAGACCUCCUCACUAAAAUGGGGGCACAAAUUCACUUCCAGCCCGGAGGACCUAUAGUGACUAAUUCUCAAGAUCAGCCCAUAUCAGUCCUCACCAUGCAGCUAGAAGAUGAAUAUAGACUCCAUCAAGUUCCGCCUCCCCCGGAACAAAAUAUUGACUUUUGGCUUAGCCAGUACCCAGAGGUCUGGGCAGAAACCGGGGGAAUGGGGUUAGCAAAACAUAGGCCUGCUUUGUUCAUUGAACUCAAGUCAGGAGCCGAUCCUGUGAGAGUUAAACAAUACCCAAUGUCUACAGAAGCUAGACUAGGCAUCACACCGCACAUCCACCGUCUCCUUGAAAUUGGAGUCCUCCGAACUUGCCACUCGGCAUGGAACACCCCCUUAUUGCCGAUACGCAAACCCAACAGCAACGAUUAUCGCCCAGUACAAGACCUAAGAGAGGUCAAUAAACGUGUGAUGGAUAUUCACCCUACUGUGCCCAACCCUUAUACUCUCCUCAGCACCCUCAACCUGAACAAACUGUGGUAUACUGUCCUUGACCUAAAAGAUGCUUUUUUCAGCCUGCCGCUAGCUCCUAAGAGCCAAGAGAUCUUCGCAUUUGAGUGGACAGAUCCUGAACAGGGCAUAAAUGGACAGCUCACAUGGACCCGGCUCCCACAAGGAUUCAAAAAUUCCCCCACGUUAUUUGAUGAGGCUCUCCACGAGGAUCUAAGUGAGUAUCGAAGACUAAACCCGGAGAUGACUCUUUUGCAGUACGUGGACGACCUCCUGAUUGCAGCAGAAACCCAAGAGGCCUGCCUCGAAGGAACCAAAAACCUCCUUCAGACCCUAGGAGACUUAGGAUACCACGCUUCCGCUAAAAAGGCCCAAAUCUACAAAUCAGAGGUAACAUACCUGGGGUACUUAAUAAAGGGAGGACAGAGGUGGCUCACCGAUGCCUGGAAAGAAACAGUCCUCCGCAUUCCACGACCCACUACACCUCGACAGGUGAGAGAAUUUUUGGGGUCAGCAGGAUUUUGUAGACUCUGGAUUCCAGGCUUUGCAGAGAUGGCCAAGCCUCUCUAUGCAGCCACCAAAAACCAGUCACCCUUUAAAUGGUCUGAGGAGACCGAAAAAGCCUUCCAACAGAUAAAGACUGCCCUUCUGUCAGCCCCAGCUCUAGGGUUGCCAGACCUCUCCAAACCCUUCCACCUGUAUGUGGAUGAACAUAAGGGCAUUGCCAAGGCUGUGCUAACCCAACAGCUAGGACCCUGGCCCAGACCGGUGGCCUAUCUCUCAAAAAGACUAGAUCCUGUGGCUGCAGGAUGGCCCCCUUGUCUGCAAAUAAUAGCAGCAACGGCUCUGAUGGUCAAAGACGCAGAUAAACUGUCUCUAGGUCAGGAGCUACAUGUUACUACCCCCCAUGCUAUUGAAGGGGUACUUAAACAGCCUCCUGACAGAUGGAUGAGCAAUGCUCGGAUGGUCCACUACCAAGGACUCCUGUUAAAUCCAACGCGGAUUAUAUACACCCCACCUCGGGCCUUAAACCCAGCAUCACUAUUGCCAGAUCCUGACCUGAGCUCCCCGCUCCAUGACUGUGUUGAUAUCCUAGCACAAGUUCAUGGAACUUGGGAAGACCUGAGGGACCGGCCCUUGCCUGCUGAGUUUACUUGGUUCACCGACGGGAGCAGCUUCGUCCAUCAGGGACAGAGGUACGCAGGGGCAGCUGUAACCACUGAAACUAAAAUAAUUUGGGCAGAGGCUUUACCCCCCGGAACAUCUGCCCAAAAGGCUGAACUAAUUGCCUUAACACAGGCACUAAAGAUGGGGAAAGAUCGGAAAGUAACCAUAUAUACAGACAGCCGAUAUGCCUUCGCUACAGCCCACAUACAUGGGGCAAUAUACCGAGAAAGAGGAUUGCUUACAGCGGAAGGCAAAGAUAUAAAAAAUAAGGACGAGGUGCUGGCCCUACUGAAGGCUAUAUGGGCCCCUAAAAAGUUGGCCAUUGUACACUGCCCAGGGCAUCAAAAAGUGACUGAU